GCAGGUCACAACAGCAUGAGCACGCCAUGGACGCGACCACCAAGGCCUCCUAAUGCGACGUCGUGGCAAAGGAAGGCUGACGUUGGCGACGACGAAUGGGUUGGGAUCACAUGGGCGGUUCGAAUAACAAGUGUGCUGUCGGCGAUCGGAUGCGUGUUCAUCUUGUACCGAUACAUCAUUCGACGAAAGGCGGAGCGCGAUAUCACGACGAUCCUUGUCACUGCGUUGGCUGCGUUCGAGCUCAUGAUAGCCGUCGCCAAGUUUCCCGCCUUGAGCUUCCUCGAGUUCAAGCGGAACCGCGACAUGCCGGGUCAUUUCCUCAAUUCCAACAGGCCCAUGUGCCAGAUCCAGGCGUACGUGCUGGAUGUGUUCAUGCUUCAAGCGGUGCUAUGGAACGGGUACUUGGCGUUCAACCUGCUUCGCGUGGUGGUGUACCGCGACAGCAACAAGGCGUUGAUGGGUCGGUUCUGGAAGUACUUUUUCUGCACGACCAUGUUCACGGUGCUGUGGGGUCUCUCGGCGGCGCUCCCGAUCUGGCCCGACGACCGCAACCGCCUCGACUCGCUCUUCGGAUACGCCAAGUUCUUUUGCUGGAUCCAAGAGACGCGAUAUAUCGCCAUCCGGUUCAUCCCGUUCGUGGUCGCCACGCUCUUGUUCAUUGUCGCCGUGACCAUCAAGGUGCGGCGCGUCGUGCUCGCCCGCGCCAAGCACGCUCGGUCCGUGGGCGUCAUGGCCGACGACGACGACGCCGUGACUCAAAUUCAGCGCCGACUCAUGUUGUAUGUGCUGUCGUUCUUGGUCUUGUACACACCCAUCACUGUGUUUCGACUGAUUGCAGCUUUCCAAGGAGAUACCAAAGACUCGCGGAACCGGUCCAAGAUUGCCGAAGGCACCAUGCCCGAGUUUGGGAUUGUCGCCCAAGCCCUCGUGAACCUGCAAGGAUUUGUCAAUGCCAUCAUUUACGGAGGCUUUCUCACGUCGGCGUCGUCGGGGGAGCGGAGGCAGUCGCUGUCGUCGUCGCUUCCGCCCAGCGUCUACUUGGAAGAUAUCCGGUCCCAUGCCUCGGGGUACUAUGCGCAUGGCGUCAAUAGCGGCGACUGCAUGACGAUCUUUGCGUCGACGUUCAACAUGGCGGAAGGCGCGGUGCCCCCCCCAGAUCAGUUGGACCAGUGGAUCCCCAAGGGCCACGAUAUUUAUGUGAUUGGGGUCCAAGAGUGUAUAGACCUCCGCACGAUGCGCCACGUCAUGGCCAGUCACUUGCAACGCAUCAAUGGAAAAACGUACAUCGAGUACGGCCGAGAAAUCGGACGCACGGAAACGCUGCUGGGGUACCAUGGCUUCAUUGCCAUCACGGUGUACGUGGCUGCAGACGACGUCCACGCUGGCCAUUUUCACAUGCAUUUGGACGCCACGUCCAAGGUGAACCGGGGAAAGAAUUUGAUUGGUCUCGGGCGCGCGUCCAACAAAGGUGCCGUCGGGUUUGCGUUUCGAUACUUCAACGUGACGUUUGCCGUGCUCACGUGUCACUUGGCGUCCGACUCGACGGGCAAGAGCAAGAUCAAGAAGAGACACCACGACGGAGCCAGUAUCCUCACCAACAUGCAUCUGCAGUCGAUCGAGAACGAGUUCGACUGCCACUUGAUGGCCCACCAUACCAUCUUCAUGGGCGACCUCAACUACCGCCUCACGGCGCUGGACGCCACGCCCGACCGCAUCCUUCACAUGAUCACAGAUGUCGUCAACAACAACUUCCGCACGACCUCGUACAAGCGAGGCCAGGUGUUCUCGCACAACCAGCUACUGACACCCGUGCGUUCGGAAGGGUCCCCCGCCCCGAUCGCCGACGCGUUUUCAAAUGACAUGGACGACACGUACAUGUUGACGCAGUCGCCGUCGGCCCUUGAAGCUGCCGCCGCCGCCGCUUCGACGUCCUCUCUGCCUAGUCGCCACCAUCGACACCAUCACGUGGCUGUGCUGUCGCCGCUCUCGAGUGUGUCCACCGCCCCCAGUGCCGUCGAAGUGUCUUGGCGCUCUCUACUAGAACACGACGAGUUGAAGGCAAGUAUGGACGACGGCACGAUCUUCCACGACUUUGACGAAGCGUCCAUCGCGUUCCCGCCGACGUAUCGCCGCGUGUUGGGGCAGGCGCUGGACGCGCGGUGGACGGCAUCCCCCCUCACCCCUGCCCGCGUCGCCAGCGUGUACACGACGGUGCUCGGCGACGGCCGAAUCCGCGUACCUUCGUACACGGACCGCAUCCUGUUUCACUCGCUGCCGGGGCUCCGGGACCGAUUUGCAUGUGUCCAAUACAGUAGCGCCGAGUUUAUCGGCACGUCCGACCACAAGCCCGUGUCGUGUGGGUUCCAAGUGUACAUCGACAAGACGCGCCAGUCGUCGUGUACCCACCCGGCCGCCGUCCCCUCGUCGGCAUCCCAUGACGUGGCCCCAACCGGCAUUGGCGGCGGCCCCGCCCCUCUUACGACCCACAUGACUAUGUACUUGUCGAGCUUGACCAUCCAUUUGGGCCCGGCGUUGGAAAAGUUCAACACAUCCGACGGCGAAGAAUGCGACAGCAGCGACAUCAUGUGCGCGACCCCCGCGCCAAGACUUCCCACGGGGUCGAUCGCGUCGAGCGAUGUGUCGGGCGCGUCCAUCUCGACGGCGAGCGACGUGGCAAAGUCCGUCGGCAUGUCCAUCGACGGCAUGCAAGUCCGAAGCGUGUUUCCACUGCCAUGCGAAGACGAGUUUGCCGAAGAGAGGAAGCUCGGGGAGCUGGCCGACCAACUCGUGUUCAAUGCCAACAAACAGCGCAAGUUCAAGUCCACGACCAAGCACUCGGCGUGGGCGUCGGUGGCGGUCCACGGGCUCAAGCAGUCGGUGGUGCUCGCUCCGAGGAAGCUCCUCCACGUGGCCCUCAACUUCAUCUUGCCAUCAGGCACGACCGUCGGGCAGUGCGUGAUCAGCUUGACCGAAGCGAGCUACCGAAACGGCCGAAAAGUAGACUUCGUAGCGGCAUUAACCGUGGGGGGGCGGCGGACGGGCGAAUUGCUGGGAAAGGUUAGUUUGAGUGUUCAGAAGCGCUAGGUAGGUAGGUAGGUAGGUAGGGGUAUAGACAUGCCGUCAUGAAUGGAAUGUGUUUGAAUGUGUGUCGUCG